AUGCUGUGUCUAAGCCGUCAGCUAGAGCCCAGCUGGUCCGAAGGGCUCUUCGCCUUGGAGCCCCUUGAAUCACUUGACGACGACUCAUCACUGGCCAUAAUUCGACUAAGGGUUCAUUGGCUGAAACGUACUAGGAUUACGUCUAUGGCCAGUAGGAUUGCGAAAUCCUUUUCCACAGACCCCCGCGAUGUUUUUCUCGAAGAGGAAUGGAGUCACGUAAACUCCCGCCCGAUCAAAGAUGGAUCUAUCAUUGAGAUCUCGGCUGAGAGCCAGGAUCAGCUCCCAGAUCAAGACUUGCUUCGCCUGAGGUGGCUUCUUAUGAGGCUCCAUGCUUUAUCUGGGGCACCGGACCCCCAGAUCUACCCGCAUAGCCUGGGCGAGAUGGGUGACAUGAUGGUUGUAGGGGGCAUAUACGAUGACGAUCACUCGGAAUAUUAUGAAGAAGAGGGUUCUAUGUUACUUGAUCAUCGAUAA